AUGGCACUUCUCAACAAGGAUGCCAAGGCUCUAUGCUUUGCAACCCUUAUUGUCAUGGCUAUGGCAUUCUCGUCUUGUGAAGCAAGAGGUAGUAUGUGCACCGAUUUUUCUCCAUGCGACGACAUAUUGUGUGGGGCGCAUUGUGAUGCUCUAGGGUACAAGAACCCUAACCCACACUGCCUUUAUACCAAGAUUGGCCAUACGGGCGAUAAAUGUUGUUGUUAG